AUGAAAAAUAUACUUUAUGAGCAUUGGUCUGUUGACAAGGAUAAAGUUGGAAGUCAAUGGGAAUUUAGUGAACAGGACAAAUUAUUUAUAAAGCAACAUAUAAUUCAGACUAUUAUUAUUGCACCGGAACCAAUCAAAAUUCAUUUGUGCACAAUGAUUCAAAAUAUUAUGCGUCAUGACUUUCCUGAUAAAUGGCCAUCUUUUACUCUUGAACUUUAUCCUCUUGUAAGUUCUGAUAAAAGUGAAGAACUUAAUGGUGCUUUGCUUAUUCUUCACAGGCUCUGCAAAAUCUUUGAAUACAAGAGGCAAAAAGAACGAACUCCACUCGUUGAAUUUAUGUCCAAAAUUCUUCCAAUAAUACGCGAAAGAUUUUCGACACUUAUUGAAAAUCACUCAUCUUCAUCUUGUCUUUUACAAAAACAAAUACUUAAAAUAUUUUAUAGUUUUGUUCAGUUUUCAUUAAAUACUCAAAUCCUUUCAAUUAAUGAAUUCUCUCAAUGGCUCAAACUGUUUAUUGACAUUAUUCUAAAGCCAACUCCUGCUGAAUGUGAACUUGUUCCAGAAGAUGAACGUGAUGGGACAAUUUGGUGGAAAUGUAAAAAAUGGGCAAUGAAAAUUGUUCAGAGAGUUUUUGAGAGGUAUGGCAAUAAAGGCAAUGUUGAUAAAGCAUAUUUAUCAUUUGCUGAAGAAUAUUCACGUUCAUAUUUGUUGCCAAUUGUUGAAUCUUUGAUGGCUAAUGUUUUAAAUGAUUAUAUUAAUGGCAAAUAUAUAUCAGAACAUGUGCUAUAUCUUGUUUUAGUCCAUUUGUCUGAUGCGUUGAUUCAAGCACAAGUUUGGCUUGUUGUUAAACCAAAGUUUGAGUUGCUGCUCAAAAAUGUAAUAUUUCCUUUGCUAUGUUAUUCAAAAGGAGAUGAAGAGUUAUGGGCUGAAGAUUGUGAAGAAUUCUUACGUUAUAAAUAUGAUGUUUAUGAGGAUCUUCAUCAACCAUCUUCCGGUGCUUCUACAUUACUUCAAGUAAUUUCAAAAAGACAAGGUAUAAUGCAAAAUGUACUUGAAUUUAUUAUGCAAAAUUUGACACCAACAUCAAAUGAAAAACAAAUCGAUGGUGCUUUGCAUAUGAUUUCUGUUAUUUCUACUCAAUUGAAUAAAUUAAAUAAAUACAAAAAGGAUGUUGAAAAAUUAAUUGAUGCCUCAGUGACUCCAAGGAUCGAGAAUCCGUCGCGUUUUGUUCGAUUAAGAGCUUGUUAUGUAAUUCAUUUUGCUUCAGAGACGAUUUUUAAGAAUUCAACUAUAUUGGAAAGAGUUGUUAAUGCGUUGAUAAAGGCAAUAAAAGAAGACCAAGAAGUGCCUGUAAAAGUUGAAGCUGCUUUAGCUCUUCAAUCUUUAAUUAAUGACCAAGAUCAAAAAGUAAUUCAAUUUAUUCGUCCACAUAUCCGUGAUGUUUUAAUAAUUGUGUUGAGGCUUAUUUCUGAAACACAUUUGGAUGAUUUACCUACAAUUGUUGAUAGUUUAGUUGAUAAUUUUGAAGAAGAAAUAAUUCCUGUUUCUUAUGAAAUAACUGUUGAAUUGGUAAAAAUUUUAAAUUUUUUUAUUUCAAAACCAAUUAAAAAUUCUUGA